CCUCUCUUUGCAAUUUAGAAUGUGCCUUGUGGCUGCUAAUCAUAGUGAAGCCCGCCAAGUGGCACGGCUCCAUUCCUACCACCUCUUUCAUAUCGCAAAAGUUUUGCUGGCUUGUAUGAGGAUGAUGUGAUGAUGAUCAGGCUCUGCUUUGCUUCACCGGAUUGCUUCGUUCGUUUGCUCAAAUCGGUUGGAUUAUCAGGCCAACGGGCAAUGUAAUCAUAGACAGCGAAGAUUGACAAGCUAUGGGCUGUUCAAAGUUAUGACCACCCAAACAUCUAGAGAUGGGCAUAAGAGUCAUGGAACAAGCCAAGUUGGCACAACCACUUGACAUUAAUUUUCUUCGUCCAUCAAGUUCAAUUUUUCAGACGUCCCGAGCCCAUAGAUUUUAGUUCAAGAGACCAACCUUCACUCAGCUUCAAUGGCAAGAUCGCCGAACUUACAGUUCGUGUGGCCGAAAGAUGGGCCCAAGGGUCGAGGACGACGCGGAUUCUGGGGCCGGCUAAACAACAUCAGGACUGGAAAAGGACCAGAUAUCUUCCUCCAACGCAAAGGUUCGACUGAACCUAUCAUGCCGGAUGAAUGGCAGAACUGGGAUUCUUACCAUUUCCACGAUGCUCACGUUCUUGAGUCGAUCAAUCCAGCAUCCAGAGGCUACCAAAGAUACGACCCUCAUGACCGGACCUACAAAGAGUGGUCGACACCUCAUGAUUGGUUCGGACUUGGAGUUGAUGGUUUAGGAGUAGGCGCCCACGGGAAUGGCAUGCCAAGAUUCACUCGUGAGGAAUGGAUCAGGAUGCAGAAAAUCAGGAGGCGUGGUCAUCUGAUCGACCCUGCUGCUAUGGGUGAUGAUUGGACUCCCCAUGGACCAAAGGUUUAUGUUCCCCAUGCUUUAUUUGAUGCUGAAGCUGACUUUGGACAGAGAUGGGACGUUGAACAUGAUCAGUAUUGGCGCAAUGCCCACCGACAAGCAGAAAACUUUCGCCAAGGGCUACCCCGACGGGCAGGGACAAACCCAAUGAUGCGCGCCCACCUCCGGGACAGACAAGAUCUGGGGCCUUGGAUGAAUUGGGAAGGGAUCUAUUAGAUUCCAGAACACCUUUCCGAAUCAUGACUGAUCACAGAUCAUUGCUUGGCUGUUUGCUUGAAGAGUGCUGGUGGUUGACAUGUUGGCCUUUUCUGCUUGCGUUUGACUUUCAGAGUAAGGCUGCGCUGCGUUGGAUUACUGUCAUGGACUGCUGUCAUUCUCACUCCAUGUAUCUGGCAUGUCCGGGAUAGUCCUCAUCACGCAACCUAUCAAACACAAUUGUCCCUUCGACACCGCGCACGUGACUAUUGCCAGAAGUUGCCGAUGUUUGCUGUUCGAUUGCUUCCGCAUCUUACUCAUUGUUGCAGGUUCGGUUGUCCAGUCGGUAAAUGCCAUACCAUCCAACCCCGCGAUCCCCUCACUUCCCCGU